CGCUAACCUACAGUUUAUAACUAAUACAGUUUUUAAUAAAAUAAACGCAGAUAAUUUGCCAAUUUAAAAUGGAACUGGAUGAAAACGACGCCAAGUCGACUCAAUGCCUGCCUGCUAUUGAGUGGAGCGUGAGGGAAGCGUGCCCGGAAAGCUUGCCACGCCUGCAUAGGCCGCUGCCCAUUAGCCAUCAUGGCUGGUAUCGCGUGGUGGUGUUUACCAUGCUUACUCCGCCGGAAGUGCUGAGGCAGUUGCAAUGGCAUUUAAUGAUACGCAAGCUGCGCUAUUACUAUUUCCAUGAAGGCGGCGAGGAGGAUGUGGCUGAGGAUGAGCACGCCAGCUUCACUUUCUAUGUGAAGUCCUACAAGUUGGCCAAUGCGCUGCUGCAGCGUGGCCAGCAUCUGGCGCUUGCCAUCCUGCGCGUCAGCGACAAGCCGCCGCAGCUGCAAGUGGAUGCUGCUUACCGCUGGAAGCUGCGCAAGCUGCUGCUCUUGCGCUAUGACGAAAAGCGGCGUAGCCUCAAUCUGCGACGCUUCUAUGCGGACAAGCACUGGCGUCGCGAGUUCUGUGCGCUGCAGCAGUUUGAGCUGCUGGAAGCUUGCUUUGAGAUAAUGGCGCAGGAGCUGCCGCAGCUGCGUCAUUUGCGGCUGGAUCACAACUAUUUAGUGCACUUGGGCGCUUUUAGUGGCGUGGAGCAGCUGCUGCCACAGCUGAAGAGCAUCUCGCUACGUCGCAAUGAGCUAAACGAUGUGCGUUUGCUCAGCAUGUUGCAGCCGCUGCACAUUACUGAGCUAAAUGUACGCCGUAAUCCUUUGCCACGCAACUACAAGCAGCAGUUGCUGCAAAUGCUGCCGCAGCUGCGCAAGCUCAACGGUCAUCGCAUCCGCAUCAGAGUGAGCAGCGAACUGAAGUUGCUGCCCAAUGUCAAGCCGGAGUUGUUGUUGCCGGAGUUUAAAGCUGCGUAUGUGACAAAAAGGGCGCGUGGAUUGAUAGCGAAAAUACGUGGCUUGGUGUUGCUCUAUCUGCGAGCCUUUGAUAGAUCCGAUUGCUGCAAGCGUCACUUGACACUCAAGCGUUUCUAUCAGAAGCCGGCGUUGUUCUCUUUGAGCUUUAGCAAACAGCUCGCCAGCAUCUUGCCGUAUGCUGCUUGGGCUAAGAAGCAGCUGGUAAGUCGCUAUGAGCUGCUCUGCAUGUUUGAGCGCUGGCCACAAACUAAACAUUUGCUGCCAACGCUGACCCUAGACGUGAUGCUGUUUCGUCCUCUAAUGCUCCAGCUCGUGCUCACAGGUUGCUACAAUGAGACGCUGGGCAAGCUUAAGCUGCGGCGCUACUUUGUGCGCAAUCUUUGGCUUACCAGAGAUGAUGAGCAAUCGGCUUUUCGCAUUGCCAACGAGCUCAUGUAUCUGGGCAGGCCAGAGCUGCUCAGCCGCUCACAGCGCGCAGCGAGGGCCAAACUGGCGGCCAAUACGCGCAUGAACAAGCGAUGGGCCUGCAAGUUGCUCGAGGAUACCAACUGGGACUAUCAGCAGGCAUUGUUGGCAUUCAAGCAACUGCAGAGCCAGCGCCAAAUACCUGAUAAAGCGUUCACAAAAGAAUCAGAGCCCUGCGCCUUAUGCGUGGAGAAUUCCCAAUGCGUGUGCAAGGGAAAUUGAAAAUUUUACUGAUUAUGCUGAUUACAACGCUCACUUGUUAGUGUAUGAAGAGUCGCUUGACUAAGUCAAUUACUUGGACAAUUA